AUGUCGAACCUCAAUUCAUGCAAUCAAAUCCACAACGAUGGCGAUCACAACCAAAUUCCGACUCAAAAUCAUGUUACCAUCCACUCUGAAAACAUAAUUCCCUUUCAAUCUAAGGUCAUCGCACCAACAUGUUCCAUAGAAGGAAACCCUAGCUCCGAUUCAUCAUUUCUAGGGCAUCCUGAUGAUACAUUCACAUAUGAUAUUCAUAACGCCCCUGAUCCCGAUUCAUUGCUAUAUGAAAUACUUUCUAGAUUGCCUCUUAAAUCAGUUUUUCAGUUCAAAUGUGUUUGCAAGUACUGGCGGACCCUUAUUGCUCGACGUUCAUUUUCGCGGUUUUAUAUCGCACGUAUGCUAACUGCCAAUGCAGCAUUAGCUUCACUACCUUUCAGAAUCAUGUAUAGGUACAUUUAUGUGAAGAAAAUUCAAGGUGUUCUUGACCUAUUCCGCCCGGAAAAUUACAAUUCCUCUUUAGUUUUUUUGUCAAGGGACCUAGAGCUGUUUGCCAGUUUUAAAGUUUUAGCUGUGAGUAAUGGUUUGAUUUUAAUUUGGUCAUUCUCAGAUAAAGUUUACCAUGUUUGUGAUCCUGUGACUAGGCAGAGGGUUACCUUGCGUAGAAAACGCGAUGAAUCAAUUUUCAAUUGGGAAGGUUUUGUGAGUAGGGUUAAUGAAGACAAUGUAGUUACUAGCUAUAGAAUUGUGAGAGUAGAAACGUACCUGCCACCCUCAAAUUAUCUCAGUUUAGAUAUGUAUACGUCUGAAACUGGGAAAUGGGUUGAUUAUAGGUUGCCGUGUCCUAAUCCAAUACUCCCGAGGUACGGUGCAGGUCCCCUAAGCUUUAAUGGGAUUCUUCAUUGGUUUGUUAAUCAUCAUGGUAUGGUUGCUUUUGAUCCUUAUAAGGAUCCCAAAUCUUGUCGACUUAUCCCUUUUCCAGCUGACAGGGAUGUUCAAAGCGAGGUUACGCAUGAUGGGCUUUAUCGUUUAUGUGAGGGUUGUCAAGGAAAGCUUCGGUUUUUUCAAGUGGCGCCUGAUGCGAGUUUAUUUUACUGUUUUAGUAUGUGGGAUAUGAAAGAUUAUGAGAAAGGAGAAUGGUGUUCUGAAUUUAAGGUGACACGUAGUGAUCUCUCUUCUUCUGAUCCUGAAUUGGAGAGCUGGUUAAUGAAAGCUACUUUUCUACCAUUAUCUUUCCAUCCGCUUGAUCUGGAUAUUGUUUAUCUGAGGUGUGUGGAGCUUGCUUGUGUGGUGUCAUAUAGUAUUCAGAACAGAAGACUGGAUGUUGCUUGUAAAGCUGCUGGUGUUAUUGAUGCCCUGUCAUGGCGUGUGGUGGUGCCAUUUGUGGUUCCAAGAUGGCCAACACCAAUUCCUAUAUCUCCUGUUCCAUAGAAGGUGGUUGUGCCAGAAGUUAUUCCUAAUUUCUGCAUUCAUUAAUGGGUGGUUGUCGAAAGAAAGAUAGCCGGGAAGGAAAUUUCAAGGUUUAGAGACUUAUGGUGACUUGAAGAUUUAUUUCUAUAAAAUGUUGGUCAAACUUUGUAUUGUACUGUGA